GCAGCGCUCGGGGCCGUGGACAACGUUCAGGGACCGCUGCUGCGGAGCGCCGUCGCCGGAGUAGAACCUGCAAGGGUCAAUUCUGAUGAAGUCACCAUGGCUGUCGGAAUGUUUGAUGCUCGUGAGUUGCGAGGCCGGCGGGUGAAGGUUGGCGAUGCGUUGUACGAGUUCCCGAGCUACUGCGCGAUCAUCGACAGAGACGAAGGCUGCGUGCCAGAGGGCGUCCCACUCUCCAUAGGCAUCAAGAUGGUAAAAUGGAAAAAUCAAGUGUACGGCUUCGGUGGCAAUACAGAGACGCUGGGCAAUGAAUCGGCAACCGUACAGCUCUCAAUUGUCGACGCUCAGAUGAAGCCCAUUGACGUCAACAAUUCUCGCGAAGACUUCCUUAUGUACAUCCCUGUGGCCCAAAGUGAAGUCCACGCCCCAACUGUCGUAGUUGACCCUGGGGAAAAUCGGACUCAACUUCUCAGCUUGCACCGUCUUUUUCCUCCCGGUCCCGGGGUGGGAAUAUUGAUAGAAUUCUUUCCCGGAAAACAUACGCUCGUCAUCUCGAACUCCUCCAGCAACUCCGCUAAUGAAAUGAAAAAGUACGACACAUCUAACUCAGAGAGAGAGGGUACUUCAGACAAAGACAACGAAGCACAUACCGCUGCUGACCAGGCAGGUUCUGCUGACACGGACGUGUUUAAUCCGAACUCAGAAUCUGAAGAGAAUGGUUUUGGAGAGGACAUUUGGGUGCUAACGUGGGGGACACAAGCCCCAAGUAACACCAGCACCCCGGACUACUAUUUCCUCCUGCCUGAUGCAGCCUGGACGCGCAACAAAGACACGGGCUUCUAUGAGCGAUUCCUGUCCAGCGAGUGGCUCAUCCAUACCCUGCCUCCUGACUUCGAAGGAGAAGUUGUCUCUGAAUAUUUCCUGGGCGUCGCUAAAGUGAACCUGACGGCCGUUGCCGAGCACUUCACUGAGUAUGGCGACUACCUCAUGGAUGAGUCCGAGGUGACUCGGGAGAACAUCUCAUCUGCGUUGAUGGAGUUGCGCUCAGCUCCCUUCAACGACACGCUCGCCCUGCUGCUGCCCGUCGGACAAGACUAUGCUAUUCGGACGGCCAUUAGCUCCUGCCUCUUCUUCGACAAACAGACGCUAGCUUGGAGCAGCAGAGGAUGUAAAGUGGUGAAUGGUAACGCGAGCACAACGGUAUGCGCCUGCAACCACCUCACGUCGUUCGGUAGUGGCUUCCUCCCAAUGCCAAACCCCAUCGACUUCAGUUACGUUUUCGCAAACGCCGGUUUCGCAGAGAACCUUACCAUUUACCUCACGAUCAUCCUCUCCUUGAGCUUCUACAUUAUCGGACUCAUCUACGCCAGGAUUAAGGACAAAAAAGAUCUGCAGUACGUUGGAGCGACUCCCCUACCUGAGAACAGGCCGGAAGAUCACUACGUAUACGAGCUCUAUGUCUUCACCGGAUUCCAGCCCAACUCGGGAACCAAAUCCAAAGUGAAUUUUCUACUCACUGGCGACUGGGGCGACUCUGAUAUAAGGACGCUGCAAGACCAUCAUCGUCGGAUCCUGUACACCGGCGCUCAAGACCACUUUGUCCUCACCGUCCCGAGGUGUCUGGGUCCACUUCGGUACCUGCGCAUUUGGCACGACAACAACGGACCUGGGAACUCAGGUUCUUGGCUCUUCAGCCACAUGGUUGUUCGAGACCUCCAGGCGGGCGCUGAGUAUCAGUUCAUCUGCAACGACUGGCUCGCCGUCGAGGAGGGCGAUGGCAUGAUCGAUCGAGUGGUGCCAGUGGCGGGACUGGAGCAAAUGAAGGACACAGCGCACGUGAUCGGCAAGAAAGUGCAAAGGGCCAUGCAAGACGACCAUCUUUGGUUCAGCAUCUUCCUCCGGCCUCCGCGGUCCAGGUUCACCAGAGUCCAAAGACUCUCUGCGUGCAUGGCACUCGUUUAUCUCUCCAUGCUCACAAAUGCCAUGUUCUAUAACGUCGUGCCGGAAUCAAGUUCAUCCAUCAACAUGGGCUUUGCACGUAUCGCACCGGCGGCGCUGGGCGUGGGCUUCAUCACGAACCUCAUCGUGUUCCCUCCUUCGUUCGCUAUCGUCUACUUCUUCAGGAAGGCUCGUCCCAGGAAGCAAAAGGCCUCAAGAGUCAAAGAAGCUCUUGUAAAAACUGAGAAAAAAAACCACGAUCACCUGGAGACAAUGUUGGGACUGGCGCUCACUAAGCAGAGUAUCAACUACGCUGACAUGAAGCAAGGAGAUAUCGCCUCUAAAUCGCUGCCCAAGGGCGUUAAAUCCCAUCCUAAACUGGCUUUCAUCGACUCCAUGCAGACAUCCGAGCCUAAAGAAGACAAAGUAGAGAAGAAGAAAGACAAGCGAAAGCUCCGACGCACAUUACCCUGGUACUUCCGAUACAUCGCGUGGGCGCUGUGCGUGGUGUGCAUCGUGGUGUCGGUGUUCUUCUUGUGGGCGUACGGCAUCAUGUUCGGUAACGUCAAGACCACGCAGUGGCUCACCGCCCUGUUGUCAUCCCUCUUCUCGUCGGUGCUUAUCACGCAGCCAAUUAAGAUUUAUUUGACGGCGAUGAUUUUGUCGUGGAUUCUCCGACGUCCUCUGGACAUGCACGACGACUACGAUGACGACGAAGACUACCACGAGCUCGACUGGGACGUGGAGCUGCUGCACGCCGAGGCUCCAAUAGGCCGCGGUGUAGAAGACUUGACACGCAAACGAGACAAGACCGUCGGUAGCGGCAUCAGUCCAGAGGCGCUUGAGGAGGCUCGCAAGAGACGGAAAAAUCAGGUGGCGAUGAACCGGCUAUUGAUGGACAUACUGGUUUACUUGCUCUUCGUGACGAUCAUCGGGACUCUGUCGUACACCAGCACCGAUAUCAGCCUUUUCCUGCAGAAUAAACACUUCAAGGACAGACUCGCCACAUCCCACGAUGGAGACAAGAUAAUGCAAUUCUUUGAGGUCCAAACAGUGGACGAUUACUUCGAGUGGCUUCAUCAGAGUCUUGCGCCCUUCUUGUACAACGACACACCCUACAAUGGCGGCCCUCCUGACAAAUUUUCAGCCAACACCGUCGACGACCGCGUGUCUUUCAUCUUGGGUCGGCCGCUCCUCAGACAAAUACGUAAUAAGAAAGGAGCUUGCGUGGUGCCCGGUAUCAUGCAGCUCGCCAUCAAGGAGUGCUCAGGAAAGACCGACCCUAGCAUCGCAGACGACGAGUCGUACGGAUUAGGCUGGGAGAGGAACGUCACCAAGCCUCACCUGUACUACCGCUACCGCACAUCUCUGUCAUUACACGGAGUGCCGUACACCGGCAAUCUGGGAACGUACGGCGGUGGAGGUUAUAUUGCUGGGCUAGCCAAGCCUCUCAACAAAACUAUAGAGAUCAUUGACCUGCUGCAGAACAACAGUUGGAUUGAUAAGUAUACGAGGGCCAUCUUUGCUGAGGUCUCCAUCUACAACCCACAGGUGAACCUGUUCGGAGUGAUCCAGCUGAUUGCGGAGGUAUUACCGGGAGGUGGUAUCACGCCCACCUUCAAGUACCAAGGCUUCAACCUCCUGCGCUACCACACGGGCGCCGGCAGUGUUGUUCUCGCGUGCGAAAUUUGUUUCUUGAUUUUCAUAUUUUUCUUUACUAGGCGAGAAUAUCAAGCCAUGAAGAAAGAAGGACGCCAGUACUUCGCCGUUUCCUGGAACUACUUGGAGAUAACUGUCAUUAUUCUUGCUUUCGUUGCCAUUGUCUUCUACCUAAUAAAGACUGCAUACACAUAUUGGCUGCUGGACAUGCUGACCAAGGAGAAAAAGACCAAAGAUAUACGCAUGCAGUCCUUGGCCGUGUUCGACAAAACCCUCACUCAAGUAAUAGGUUUAAUGCUCUUCUUUGUUACGGUAAAACUACUUCGUCUACUGCGCUUUAACAAAAGAAUAGGAUAUUUGUCAGCUACUCUGAAACUCGCUGGUCCUGAAAUUCUUGCAUUUUUCUUAGUGCUUGUUAUUUCUAUAGUGAGCUUCGUAACUGUGUUCUACACCAUCGCUCGAGACACCAGUCGUGAAUUCUCAACCUUCUUAAACGCCAUUGAGACUUCUUUCUUCGUAAUUGAUCAAAAGUUUGAGGAAAUCCAGCAAGGUAACAAAUUCAUUGGUCCGAUAUUCUAUUUCAUGUACUGCUUCAUCAUGUUCUUUAUUGUUUUCCCAUUCCUGAUCGCUAUCAUCUGCAAUGCGUUUUCAGCCAUAAAGGAAGAUCUAAGCGCACAACCUAACGACUAUGAGGUCGUCGAAUACAUGAUGACUGUGGCAGCGGCCUUCACUCGCAGGCUUCGACCGAACGUAAGCCAUGCGCAGAAACUUGACGUGGAGGUAGUCAACCACCUCGACUACAUCAACAAGAAGCUCGAAGGAACUCUUCGGGAACUCGACCGUCAGGCCAAGGCAUAUCAGAGUCCGUUAUGGUGAGCCCUAUGUGGCCACUCAAUGAUGACAAAUAGGUAGUCGGAGAGAUCCAACGAACUUGAAAAUCGGUUAUUUCUACAAAAUUAAUCAAUGGAAGAAAAGCUUAUAAUAAUCACAAAUUUUAAACUCGUGUGCGUUCAGAAUACAUUGCGUGUAUACUGGAUCUAUGAUGUCAAAUAAUUAUAGCAUUCGUGCGCAUCCGCCCGCUACUCGUAUGUUUCUACGUAUAAUCACAUUUACUAUUCACAUAUAAUCACAUUACAUUUUUUAAUCACAUUACGAGAAUGCUCGAGUAUCUCGUUCCAUUCUUAUUAAAAUUGACCGAUCAAUUUACAAGCAUAGAUCUAGCGUCUCUAAUUCAUGGGCGGGGAGGAAUAGUCAUACAAGAGAAUAGAAGGAGUUGAAGUUUACUUUCUCACCUUAACUUGUCUUUAUAAACUAAGUUUUCUCACCUACUGUAACCCACUUGCUGUAAUUUGUACUUCUUUAUAGAAUCGAUACUAGCACAUUAGAAUAUAGUGCAACACUGCAACUAAAUCAACUUAUUAUGAAGACAUUACGUCAUGCACCUCCACAUGGCACCGUGUACACCACAUGGCACCGUGUGAAUCUAUUACCGCUAAGAGGUUUUUAAAUUCUCGGUCUGCUACAGGGGUAAAGGUGUGAAAAUUGAUCGUUCUUUUAAGAAGGCACCAGCGAUUGUUCGAUCUAGUAUAGUAUACCUGUGAAUUAAUGACUAGAAACAAAGCAAUGCUUGAGA